AUGAAACCUCAACAAAAACCCAAGCAGUGUGGACUUUUCACCGAACAACGUGGUGUACUGCGAGGAUGCGUCGAUCGACUGUUGUUAUUCGGUCUCGACGACGAUGUUCGAAACGUAUUAUCUACCUACAACAGUCAGCGAGUAUGCAGAGAAACGAACCGCAAAAUUCUACGUCUCUACCCACUGAGUACCGACAGUGAUGUGCUUAACGACGUUAAAUUAUCAACGCUUUAUCGAUAA